AUGCGCGCCGCCCCGCUGCUCCCGCUGCUGCUCCUGCUCCUGCUGGGCCCGCGGCUCCCGGCCACCGGCCUCUCGGAGCCGCCGCCCGCCGUGGUCCUGGCCGUCCUGGCCCGCAAUGCCGCGCACUCGCUGCCGCACUACCUGGGCGCGCUGGAGCGGCUGGACUACCCCCGCGCCCGGCUGACCCUCUGGUGUGCCACGGACCACAAUGUGGACAACACCACAGAGAUGCUGCAGGAGUGGCUGGCCGCCGUGGGCAAUGACUAUGCAGCCGUGGUCUGGAGGCCUGAGGGGGAGCCCAGGCCCUACCCGGAGGAAGAGGGUCCCAAGCACUGGACCAAAGAGAGGCACCAGUUCCUGAUGGAGCUGAGGCAGGAAGCCCUGACCUUUGCCAGGGACAUGGGGGCAGACUACAUCCUGUUUGCAGACACCGACAACAUUCUGACCAACAACCAGACCCUGCGGCUUCUGGUCGAGCAGGGGCUGCCCGUGGUGGCCCCGAUGCUGGACUCGCAGACUUACUACUCCAACUUCUGGUGCGGGAUCACCCCGCAGGGCUACUACCGCCGCACCGCCGAGUACUUCCCCACGAAGAACCGCCAGCGCCGGGGCUGCUUCCGGGUCCCCAUGGUCCACUCCACCUUCCUGGUGUCCCUGCGGGCGGAGGGGGCGGCCCAGCUCGCCUUCCACCCCCCUCACCCCAACUACACCUGGCCCUUCGAUGACAUCAUCGUCUUCGCCUUCUCCUGCCAGGCUGCGGGAGUCCCGGUCCACGUGUGCAACGAGCACCGCUAUGGGUACAUGAAUGUCCCCGUGAAGUCCCACCAGCAGCUGGAGGACGAGCGGGUCAACUUCGUCCACCUCAUCCUGGAGGCGCUGGUGGACGGGCCCCCUAUGUGGGCCUCGGCUCAUGUGUCCCGGCCCCUGAAGCGUCCCACCACGAUGGGGUUUGAUGAGGUCUUUGUCAUCAGCCUGGCCCGCAGGCCCGACAGGCGGGAGCGCAUGCUGAGCUCGCUCUGGGAAAUGGAGAUCUCUGGGCGGGUGGUGGAUGCUGUGGAUGGCCGGACGCUCAACAGCAGUGUCCUGAGGAGCCUCGGCGUGGACCUGCUCCCUGGCUACCAGGACCCCUACUCCGGCCGCUCGCUGACCAAGGGGGAGGUGGGCUGCUUCCUGAGCCACCACGCCAUCUGGGAGGAGGUGGCUGCCAGGGGCCUGGCCCGGGUCCUGGUGUUCGAGGACGACGUGCGCUUCCAGAGCAACUUCAAGGGGCGUUUGGAGAGGCUGAUGGAGGAGGUGGAGGCAGAGAAGCUUCCGUGGGACCUGAUCUACCUCGGCCGGAAGCAGGUGAACCCCGAGGAGGAGGUGGCCGUGGAGGGGCUGCCGCGCCUGGUGGUGGCCGGCUACUCCUACUGGACGCUGGCCUACGCCCUGAGCCUGGCCGGCGCCCGCAAGCUGCUGGCCUCCCAGCCGCUGCGCCGGAUGCUGCCCGUGGACGAGUUCUUGCCCAUCAUGUUCGAUCAGCACCCCAAUGAGCAGUACAAGGCGCACUUCUGGCCUCGGGACCUGCAGGCCUUCUCCGCCCGGCCCCUGCUCGCCGAGCCCACGCACUACGCGGGGGACGCCGAGUGGCUCAGCGACACGGAGACCUCCUCCCUCUGGGACGACGACAGUGGCCGCCUCACCAGCUGGAGCGGCUCUCACAAGACCCUCCGCGGCCCCCGCCUGGACCUGGCCGGCAGCAGCGGGCACAGCCUCCAUCCCCGCCCCCGGGACGAGCUCUAG